CUGCACAUGCAGAGGGCGCAUGCAGCGUGGCUUUACCAGCACGUAGCGCGCUCGAAUAAGCGCAUCCAGCUCAGCUCGGCGCUUACACUCCCGCCAAUGAAAAUGCACGCUAGGAUCAAGAGGAAAGGGAAAGCUAGGAGAUCAUGGAGCACGUUAGAGUGAGAUAAAUCCCCGCCAAAGACAACAACAGAGGUUGACGGCUCCGCCAAAACCCAGUCACACUUGCCAGUCAUCUUAAAACGUGAUUGAUGUGGGUGUGGAAGGUUGUGUGCGUGGCCAGGAGUGAAAGUGUAGUUUGACAGUCCCACAGAGAUGCUGAUGGCAGUGAACGGACAGACGAGAGACAUCAUCAGCCAGCACACCUAACGCGUCUUCACACUAGAUCAAGACAGAGCAGGGUACAGGUAGCCGCGCGCGGAAAGUGCAUCUGCACACCUGUGACCGACUCUAUUUUUUACCGACUGUUUGGCUCCGCUGCCAAAUGCUUUGUGCUCGAGAUACUGCCUGCCUUCUUCGGGGUUCUCACUGUAUGCACAGGCAUUUCGUGACUUUUAUACCUGUUUUCACCAGAAUUUAACACACUGACACAUAGACUUUCUUGAAGAUAAUAAUUCUGAAGACAGAGGAUCUUGAAAAACAUAUCAAGGAUGGACAGUCCUGGGGGUGUGAUACUCUACGCUGGCAGCAAUGGCAGUGCCAGUCCAUGCCCAGGAAGCCCCUCUAGUGGCUAUCAAACCCAAUCUCCAUCUUCUCACUCCCAGCCGUCUUCCCCAGAGGAGGUCACCUUCACCGAGAUUGGGGUGCUCAAGCAGCAAGGAAGAGUGGGAACACCACCUUCUCCAAAACUGGUAUUUCAGUUCCCUGAAAUCUACAACAACUCCACUACAGGUUCAAACCCGCACAGCUACUCCCAUCCCAUCGCUGGUAAAAGGCCUUGUGGAUUCACUGGCACGUUUACCAAGACUGGAGGCAUGGUGCUCCUUUGUAAAGUAUGUGGAGAUAUCGCAUCAGGGUUCCACUAUGGUGUCCAUGCAUGCGAAGGCUGCAAGGGCUUUUUCCGCCGCAGCAUUCAGCAGAACAUUAACUACAAGAUGUGCGUGAAGAACGAGAGCUGCCUAAUAAUGCGCAUGAACCGCAACCGCUGCCAACACUGCCGCUUCAAAAAAUGCCUGUCUGUUGGCAUGUCCCGUGACGCUGUGCGUUUCGGCCGCAUCCCAAAACGAGAGAAGCAGCGGCUUUUGGACGAGAUGCAGAGCUACAUGAACAGCCUCAACGAAUCGUCCACCAUGGGCAUGGAAACCUCGCCACCACAUGAACCUCCUCCCAGCCCCAGCGAGAACCAAUCCAAAGAGGCCAUUGGUGCCUUAUCACGAGCCUACCAGGACAUCUUCACAAACACACAGGACCACCUGAGCAAGCAUGCAGGCAACAUGACCACCAGCAGCAGAUCGAGCACCUUUCAAAACAACCCUUCUCAGGACAGCAACUACCCUCAUGGGAACCCUCUCGUGGGGUAUCACGCGACUACUCACGAAAGCUUCUCGACCCCGCCUCGCUGCCCAGUUGCUUCCAGCGACAGUAAAUGCCCGGUUUCAUUGGUGGACAAUAAUCGGUACAGCUACGCUCCUUCGUUCAGCCAAAAUCACUCCCAGUUGAGCGUUAGCCCGCCCUCACAACUUGCUCAGGUCGAUUACAACAGCUACGUGGCUGGCGAGUCCCAAACCCAGGCCUCAUGUCCGUUUAAGUUGGCUGCUGGCUCCAAAGUGCUGGCCUGUCCACUGAACGCAUGCCCUGUGUCAGCACCUGGCGUCUCCAGCCAGCAGCUGUGGGAGUCUUUCUCUCAGUGCUUCACGCCGGCUGUACGUGAAGUGGUCGAGUUCGCGAAGGGCAUUCCGGGCUUCCAGGAGCUUUGCCAGCAUGAUCAAGUCAUGUUGCUCAAAGCAGGCACUUUCCAGGUGCUUAUGGUGAGGUUUUGUUCACUGUUCAACCACAAGGAAAGAACAGUGACUUUCCUGAAUGGGCAGACGUACCCACUGCUCACCCUUAGGGGUCUGGGCAUGGGCUCCUUGCUGGACACCAUGUUUGAGUUCAGUUCCAAGCUGAGCUCUCUGGGCCUGGAGUCAGAUGAGAUGGCUCUCUUUAUGGCAGUGGUGCUGGUUUCUGCAGAUUGCUCUGGUAUUUUGGAUACAGUAGCUGUGGAACAGUUACAGGAAGGACUCAUCCGAGCGCUGCGCACCUUAGUCACCCGUCGCCGCCCUGACGACAACUCUGUUUUUCCCAAACUGCUCCUGCUUCUGCCAGACCUGCACACCCUCAACAACCUUCACUCGGACAAGCUGCUGGCCUUCCGCAUCGAUCCCUGAGCUAUCACUCGCUGCAGCUGGAACUCAACCACCGGCCAAUCAGAGAACACCUUUCCUGGUUAAGAGAAAGACUGCUCAUUUAGAAGAAGAGAUGUGGAGCAUGUUCCCAUAGGAACCAUUCGUUAUUAUGUGUGUUAAUGAGAAACACAAUGAACAGAUGGCUCUCAGCAAGCUCUAAACAAGACUAUAUCUCCAUUUAAGCUUUCGCGGAUCAUUUUCAUGCAUGCAUUGCCCUUCUGUUCAGCUCGCCUCGAGAGCAUUGUUGAUUAUAUUUAUCCGAGGGAACGUUGCGCCAGUCAUAUCAUCAUAAAUAAGCUUACACAGAACUUUUGAAGACCAAAAACGGGUCAUUCCUCUGAACUGCCUGCACACUGAAAUAAUCUUUAGUCAAGUACACCAUGUAUACAGUAGAAAGGUCAUUUUAGGGGAAAU